AUGACUGUGAUGACUCCUGCUCCUAUUGACCAGCAACAGGAGGAAGAGGAGAUGCUUGUCCCACACACGGAUUUGGUUGAGAAUAAUCACCAACCCAUGGAAGAGGAAGAGAAAGAUAAGGCCAUCAACAUUGGAGUUAAGCCAUAUUCAUGGGAAGUUAAUGAAGUUGUCGCACUCCAGGAUCCAGAUAACAUGACUUUAGAAUUUCUUUCUCAAGCAGAUGGGAGGGAGGCAGUGGCCAAAGCAGUUAACUUGAUUUUUGUGGAGAACUUGAAACAACAUAAACUGGGUGGAGAACUAGAUCUUCAAAUCUUGUUAGAACCUCAAUUGAAUGAAGCAUUGCAAAUUGUUGGUAGCAAAGGUCCCGAGCCUGACCUUUUACUUGUUUAUGGACCUGUGAGGAGCCAUCUUGGUUUUCCUGCAUGGAGACUUCGUUACACAGAGAUCAUGUUAUCAACUUAG